AGGGCACAGCUGAGGUAGGCUUGCCCGUUGCAAACCAGCUAGCUUCGUUAGUUGCGUCUAGCAAUUCUGGCAGAAGCCAUUUUUUCCAGUUUUUCCAAAACAAAUCUGCCAGCAAACCUUCGCUACCUAUCAUGGAGAAGAUACAGCACUUUUGGUCGUCGUUUGUAUCCUCUCGCAUCACCAGCUUUUGCUUAAAUGUCAGUGUUUUAAUUUAUAGCUAGGGCUGUCCAGUUAGCUCGUCUCGCUUGUUUGUGGCCAGCGGAGGGCCAACCGAAAAAAAGACAGGCCUUCGUUUCUCCAAGGCAUUUGGCUUGUGGGUGGAGCAGAGGGCAGUUGAGCAUCUGAUCCCAAACAUCUGGUUUAGCAUCAGUUCUUCAUCUGAAGCAGCCUCCACCAAUUUCCUCAUCACUGUCGACCUCAGAUGAGCCAUGUCUUCAUCAGGGUGUUGCCAGCUCCCCGGCUCCCUUUGUGAUUAUUCUGGGAACAAUGAACCUGAUGCCUCCAAGGAGUCAGAGGAGUCUGACUCUACCACGCAGGCCCAGUACGUUGCCAAGGUUACAGCCAAAGAUGGCCGCCCACUCUCUACUGUUGUAAAAGCAGUGAGUUUGCAGAGCGACGUGGGGAUGUGUCGGAUUUGUCACGAGGGAGCUGGAGGGGAGACGCUGCUCUCACCCUGUGACUGUACUGGUACUUUAGGGAAAGUACACAAGAGCUGCCUGGAAAAGUGGCUGUCGUCCUCCAACACCAGCUAUUGUGAACUUUGUCACACAGAGUUUACCAUUGAGCGACGACCACAACCACUCACACAGUGGCUGAAGGAUCCUGGACCUCGCAGCGAGAAGCGCACGUUGCUCUGUGACAUGGCCUGCUUUCUUCUAAUUACACCCCUGGCAGCUAUAUCUGGGUGGCUGUGUCUGAGAGGAGCCCAGGACCACCUGCAACUGAAAAGCAGGCUCGAGGCUGUUGGCCUCAUUGCCCUCACCAUCGCCCUCUUCACCAUCUACAUCCUCUGGACAUUGGUGUCAUUUCGGUAUCACUGUCAGUUGUACUCAGAGUGGCGGAGGACCAAUCAGAAGGUGCGCCUGCUCAUGCCUGACAUGAAAGGAGCGCACACCACCCAGCGUUCGGUUCCGACCAAGUCAACCAAGAAAAUGACUGAUGAAACCAUCGUAUGAGUGCGGACCGGUGGCUGAAGGAGUAUUUAAAAUCAGCGCUCACCCAAGCACUCUCUAAAAAAAAACCAUUACAAUGAACUUUUGCACUUCAUACGGACCAUCCUGAUGGAGAAGAGAUUUUUUUUUCUCCUCAUGUUUCUUUUUUGAAGCACUUGAUUAUAUAAAAAAAAGAAGAAUACCACGGUAUGGGCCACAAAAGUGAGUUCGAGAAGAACUCAUUUCAUUGUCAUAUUAGACGAAGACUGAGAAGUCACCUGACUAUCAGAGCUGGGAUGUGAACACGGGGAAAACGGACUAACCAGCCUGAACUUUCAUGUCAGUGAUAUAAACUUAACAGAUACUAAGACACAAGCUAAUGUAGCAGGAUAUAACAGAUUCAGCAUGCUACUACAGUAUAAUAUGAAACAUAUUACACCUGUAAUUUCCCCAUGCCCUGUCACAAUGUAUUUAGCUGGUUUUGAAUAAUGGGUGAACUCUUAACUGUGUGGAGAACCUAAGAACGAUGACUGAUGACGUCUAGCUGUGAAUACUACUUUUUUUCUUUGUUUGACAAGUAGAUGUCAGCGUUCACUCCUACCACUGUCCAUGUCUGUAGUCUGAAGUUUUUAUUUUACAGGUAAAGCGUUUCCAUUUCUGUCUGAAGAGUGAAAAUCGAACCCAGUUUCUGUGUAGACAGCAGAAGAGGCUCCAUGUAUUAAUCACACUUAUCGGCGGGGUUACAGAUUAUUGCAUAACACUAGCUCCAGUCACAAAACUGCGGUGCAAUGAUGCAAAAGUUAAACGUAUUGAAGCUUUGAAAAAGUGUUCACAGUCUAAUUGGAUUAUGUCUUUUAUGUUGUUACAGAAAGUGCAUUAGCACAUAGCCUCACUCCACGUGUAAAUGCACACAAACUGAGCUGCCUAGCUAUGACCAGUAGUAAUGUCUUAAAAUUGCAAGAGAUGCAAUUUUUACAGAAACGGUUAAAAAAGCAGUGUUGGGAAUUGUGAGACUGCAGAUUUGUAAACAAAAUAAAACACAACCAUAGAAGUACAUGUAUCAGAGCAGGUGGGUGCUCGGUAAAUCUGCAGGAGGAUAAUGUGUUCUGAGAUGUCAAUCAAUGUAUACAGCGUAUGCUAAAAGUAUUUUGUGUUACUGUAGUCUUCCUGCUUUAUCCCCUGGAAAGUUGGGUUAUUGUGCAAUAAAACACAAGGGACUCCUGGU